AUGAACAGUCAAAACCACCAGGGGCCCGCUCGCGCUCCUCAAACUCACGUCAAGGGCGCUUCUCUCGACCACUCCACCCUUGGCGCCCCUCAAUCAUAUCCACCCCCUGGACACCCUACCGCUGGAGCACCCCAGGCAUACUACCCUGUUGCCAGGGCACCGCAACUCUACCCUACGCCUUCUUUCUCUGACACCCAAGCAAACACCGGUGCCUCGCCGCAAGAGUAUCAUCCCUCUGGCAUCAGCUGUGCAGUAGGGACCGGCGCUCCUCAUUCGCUCCUUUCCACUGUUCCCUUCUCUUCAAGCCCCCUACAGGACUACACUUCGCCACCAAUUGCCAUUUCUGAUGUCUACAAGGCACUCCCUCCUCCCCCACCUCCAAAGAAAACCUCGCUUCCUUCUUCGUUUUCCUAUUCCUCUAACAGCAACCAACAACUGCAACAACAUCAACAGCAACAGCAAAAACAACAGCAGCAACAACAACAACAACAACAACAACAACAACAACAACAACAACAACAACAACAACAACAACAACAACAACAACAACAACAACAACAACAACAACAACAACAACAACUGCAACUGCAAUAUCAACAGCAACAUCAACAGCACAUACCUACGAUUUACAACUUUUCAGGCGUCAACACCCCUGUCAGCCCUCCCACUCACCACAUUGGAUACGCAGCACAAUCGUCGUCACAUCCGUCUCUUGGUGCCUCAGAUACAACCACUUCUGCACACAAUACACCUCAAGUGCAUCAUCAAACUCCAGUUCAACAACACACCCCAGUUCAACAACAACAACAACAACUUCCAGCUCAGCAACAACAACACACCCAACAUGUGCCGGUCCAGCAGCAUGUCCAACAACAACCCACAAAAUUAAAUACAGGCACAGCAUUUGCUCCGCCAGCUAGACAAUCUAUUAUCUUCAACCAACACCCAUCGUCUCCCUCAAUACCCCAAAAUCAUCAACAACCUGCUCCCCUUCUCCACCCAACCUAUGCCCCUAUUACACCAUACGGUGCAGCAACCCACGCAGCAUCAGCCAUUCCGGCUCAACACCACCAACAACAUUCAGCCCAACAGCCAGCAGCCGCUCAGCCCAUGUUCUACCCCGUCCAACAAAAACCAGCCGCGGCCCCACCCUCCUUUCAUCCUCCCCCACUUGCCCGAGUAUGCUGUAUCACCUUUAACGAAUACAACAAAAUUCGUUUGAUCGGCGCCAACCCAGAAACGGUUCCCCCGCUCCGCCAUGCCAUUGCAAACAGCGGGGCCGGUCUCGAGGAAGACACCCCGACCAAGAGCGACGGCCACGAGUUCCGCUUGUCUACUCGACCCUGGCAUACAAAGGAAAAGCACUCGAUACCCUCCCGACUGCUCCUGUUGGCUGUCCUAAAGGCGAUGGCCCAUUGUCGCUGGAAUGUUGUUCAGGCGGCCAGGAUCUCCAAGAUGGAUAAUGACAGGGACUUUUUGAUGUUUGAGUCUAUCGACCCUGGACUGGGUGCUGUCGAGAUGGCCGAUGUUGAUAUGUUUGUGGUGGCGCUGAUAGGCAAGGACAAGAUACGCGUCAUUGGAGCUGGGCACUCGACAGCCGCUGUCGUUGGUACCAUCAAGCAGGCUGUCCUUACGCAUUGGAAACGCCCGAUCAAGAAGGAUGUGAUUCAAGAGUUAUGCCACGAAUUUCAAUUGGAAGGAAACCCCUGGGCACCAAACAAAGCCGAGGAGGCGGCGGCCAAGAUCUGCAUGGCGCAGCUGCUGGCCAAUGUUAGUUCGCUUGGAUACAAGCUGUAUGUCUCGCUGGACGUUCAAAAGAACACCCUGCUGCAUCUUUGCACAACUCCCGACAACUCACGAAACAAGGAUCUUGACGACAUUGCCAAACGACUCCAGGUCGAUGCCGACUUUCGAGUAGAGUUUGGCGCUGUCCCCUCCGUAUGGAAGAACUUGGCCUCGGUGCUGAACAAGGUUGUCAAGAAUGGACUGGACCUUGAGCAGGUGGAGCAGGUCAUGUUCAUCUUUAGGAUCAUCCGCAACAGUACCGCUGGAGUCACCAACAACCAAGAUCAAGCAAGGCUGGCUGAUUUGCCCAAGCUGAUUCAGGAGGUGGUCUCCCAGGCUGCUCACACUCACUACGGGAACACUGGAUAUAUCAUGAUGCUGAGGGCAGGCGUCCAGGCAUUGUCCAACCUGUUGACAGGAAACGAGGAAUCAAAGAACCAUAUUUGGAAGUCAUUCUUGGUCCAGGUGCCCAGCCCCAGCUGCGAUCAAAACCUGCUCAGCACUUUGGCCGCCAUCGAGGACGAAACGAUUGUACUGAGCACCGUAAUGCUUUGCUACAACUGCGUAUUUGAAUCCCAGGAACGCAGCGCACUCCUGUUUUCAACAAAAGCGGGACAGAAGCUGCUCAAACAGUUGAUGAUCGAGUCACAUGCGACAAGCGGCAAGGAGGACAGAAAGAGCUUUGAGAUGAUCUACACCCUCGUCAACCACUUGAUCGAGCAGGAUUUUGUAGAGCAACUGUACGAAGCGCUCAGGGACCAGGACGUAGAUGGCGAGGAAGAGUACAAGAUCCGCUAUCAUGGGGAAGGCUUUCAUGACGACGUCAAGGAAGAGGAGGCAGCUACCAAGAUUCAGGAACUGAAGAUCGAGGAGAUCGAGGAUGAGGAAACGCCAAGCAAAGCAAAGAGAUCGACAAAGCAGGAAAAGAAGGCUGUUUCGUACUUGACCCAAGAGCAGGUCACAUUGCUUAAGAUGAUCGACUCCAGGAUUUACACCCACCAUGAAAACCAGCAAGAGUCAUUUCAGCAGCAGCAACAACAGCACGCCACAUAUACUGUCCCCAGCGUCUACGAUCCAUUUGCAGUUGACGAGACAGAUCCUCCGGUUAGCCUUCAUACCGUUGUAUUUUUGACAGAGACCUUUUCCAAGGUGUCGGCUCUAACGAUCGAAGUCUUCCAAGGUCUGGAUAAGGGCGGCGUUGGAAAACAUGACGUUGAGGAUCUCGCCAACCUGUCGUCGGGAUUGAUGUUGUUACUUGCCUGUUUUGCACAUCUAAGUCUUCACGAGGACGGGCAAGUUAGUCUUCGCCCCAAGGCCGCCUCUGGCAACAACAAUGCGGAUGAUGCCGAUGAUGGUGUGGAGGAAGAGAUUGAACAGCGAGCAGAGAUUGUCCCUGUGCCGGAUUGGUUCAAGGCCCAGCAUAUGGCCAUGGUCAGCGGCAAACUGGUUGAGAGCUCUAUCGAGCUGCUUCGACAAGCGGAUGUGAGUUUGGCGAGAGUGUCCAAGCCCGUUUCAAGUGGAACUUCAGGAACACCGGCCAUGGCGGCCAAUGUCGAGUCGACAGUUUUGUCAAACACCUCGACCGCGAAGGGACAGGAUUCGUUCUUUGUGGGGCUCAAGCGGGAUAUUGUUCGGCUCAUCGGCAACUUGGCGUAUCGGUCGCGCCAUGUCCAGGAUAGGAUUCGAAACUGCAACGGACUUAUUGUCAUGUUGAGUCAGUGCAACAUUGACGACGCCAACCCCUAUCUUCGGGAGUACGCUAUCUUGGCGAUGAAGAAUAUCUUGACGGGCAAUGCAGAGAACCAGGCAUUGAUUGAGGAGCUGCAGCCGAUUGAGGCGGUUGACCACCCAGCCCUGGAGGAGGCUCGCAUCACGGCCAAGCUGGAUAGUGAAACUGGCCGGCCCGUCCUGACCCAGAACAGGCCUUAG